AGUCAGCUCACAGUGAUUGAGUUCAGUGUGUCGAAUCUGCGGCUGCGUGGAGCUGAACAGAUUUACCUUGUGGCGUGUUGUUGUUGACAAAUGCUGCAUGAGUUCUGCAAAGCAUGGCGGUCCCCAUAGCCAUCUUAGACUGUGAUCUCCUCCUCCACGGUCGAGGCCACAAGACUCUAGACCGCUUCGACCUCGAUUCAGUCUCAGACCAUUUCCUCCUCACGCAGUUCGGCUUCCCCCGACACUUCAUCCUCUACCUGGUGGAGCUACUCAGAGAGGCUCUGUGCAGACGUACCCAGCGCUCCAGAGCCAUCAGUCCUGAGGUCCAGGUGUUGGCGGCUUUGGGUUUCUACACGUCCGGCUCCUUCCAGACAUCUAUGGGAGAUACGAUUGGGAUCAGCCAGGCGUCGAUGUCCAGAUGUGUGUCUAAUGUGACCAAAGCUCUGGUGGAGAAAUCUUCUCAGUUCAUCGCGUUCAGCAGAGACCCAUCCACCAGAGACCAGGCCUUCCAGGAGUUCCAGAGAGUGGCAGGGUUUCCAGGAGUCGUUGGCGUCCUCGACUGCGUCCAGGUGACCAUCAAAGCUCCAAACAGUGAGGACUUCUCUUACGUAAACAAGAAGGGCUUCCACUCUGUGGGCUGUCAGCUGGUCUGUAACGCCCGGGGACUCUUACUCAGUGCAGAGACCUGGCCUGGUGGACUCAAGGACACAGAGAUCCUGGAGAAAUCUGGUCUCUUCAAACAGCUGCAGGACGUGGAGGAUGGCUGGCUGCUGGGUGACCGUCGUUACCCUCUGAAGAAGUGGUUGAUGACCCCGGUGGAGAACCCGGAGUCCCCUGCAGAGCUGAGGUUUAAUCUGGCUCACACUGCUACUCAUGAGAUCGUGGACCGAACCUUCAGAGCCAUCCAGACCAGAUUCAGAUGUCUGGACGGCAGUAAAGGAUACUUACAGUACUCUCCUGAGAAAAGCUCGGCCAUCCUGCUCGCCUGCUGCGUCCUCCACAACGCCUCCCUGCAGUCCGGAUUGGACGCCUGGACUCUGGAGAGAACCGACCCUCUGGAGCAGCCCGAGAGCCUCGAGCAGAGACCCGAGGACCGGGACAGCGUGGCAGAGGACCUGCGGAAACAGCUCAUACUCAAACACUUCAGCUGACGUCGCGGUGAAAGAGAAGAAGAAGUGGACAGACACAGUGUUGCUGAUGCAGUUUUUUAAUAUUUUGCUGGUUUCUACUCUACGGACUAAACUACAAUAACAUAGUCGUAUAUGGAGGAACAUGCAAGACGCUAUACAACAAAUCCAGACAACAUGGGAACAUAACACAUUUCAAAUGACUCAAGGAGAAGAGCUCCUCUAGACAAAUAUUCAAAGUGUGUGCAGCUGCUGUGUUAUCAGGGUUUCUCUCCCUCCCUCUUUCCAAUCCUCCCUAAACCCUUGUUUUUUACUUAUCACCCCCUUUCCAUAUAACUCCACAGGUUAAAAUCUAAGACAAAGACACAAUACAAAAAACAAAAGGCCCUUAUUUACAAGAACUGCACAUUAAGUUGUCAUUAUUUAUGUACACUGGUGCAUUAAGACUGUCCGAGGGGGAUUCAGGUGGUCUCAAACCUGGGCCCUAAAUGAGUGACAGGAGAGUUUGUUUUGGAGGCGCUCCAGUAGAUUGCUGAUAUUGAAACAGACGUCAUCCUAAGAGUCCUGGAUAGUUCCUGUUUUACUCCUGACUCAGAUUAAGAGCUGCAUUAGAUGAGCAUGUCUCUGUUUCUGUGAUUUAAAGCCUCUGUGAGGUCAGGAAACCAACAAGACUGAUGUUUCCUGGAUCAUUGUUUUAAUGCCUGUAAAAGCGCUUCUGCAGGUACCACUUUGUCCACCAGGGGGCGCCAAAUCGCCACGGACAGAAAGUUCCUCACAGGAGCUUUAAAAUUACAUCUUUUUUGUCUGUGGACUUUGAAAAGCAACGAGUUUAAAGAUCAAACUUUGUUCCCUCUGAUCCUCUUUGGACGAUCAUGGACUGAUAACAUGAUUUCUAUUGUCUCGUGUUGUUCGUGUCUGUAAAUUAAGUGACAUUUGACAAAUAAAAAUCAAUGCAACAUCUG